UUCGGUUUGCGACCAUAACAACGCCUGAUAACCCUCACUUUUUUUCGAUAUUUUUAAAUAAAAGGAUAUUAAUAUCAGCAUUUAUUCGCACUUCCCUGAAGCUCCUGCACACAACACCCUCAGACCGACACACGAGCUUUAUUAGAGCUUUUAAACAUCCCAGUUAGAAGAAUAUAUCCAACCAGCCAAGAAUUCAAGCUCUGGACGUUGAUGGUGGACUCUUUCUAAAGACACAAACAGUGGUGCGAGGAUCCUGGGAGGAAUGGGGUAGAGAUUGCGAUGAGGGUCCCGGCACCAAACAGCUCUGAUCAGGCAGAAUCAGGCUCAGGUAAGAUGCCUGAGAAUGGACGCUCAAGGAGGAAACGUGUGCCAAAGACGUGCGACUGCUGCGGGCCCAACGGAAAGCCCCACAUGCCUGGACACGAGCAGGUUUCGAAGAAACGAGGCCGCAAGAAGAAGGAGAUGGUGAGCCAAGAAGAAGUGGCCGCAGAGGAGGAGGUGGUCUGGAGCACGUCUGGAGUCCUCACGCUGGAAGCUGACGCUGUGACUUCUGAGAUGGAGGAGACGGCAGAUCCCAGGGGAAAAGCAGACUUCAUCCAGUCAGAGAGUGUGAGUGAAAGCACUGUGAUGGUGAAUGGUUUGGAGAACAGUGCUCAUGAUAACUGUACUGUUCCUGGUGACGCCAAAGAGAAGAGCCAUCCAGUCCAUGCUGUUUCUGCUGUACUCAACGACCUAAUGAAGAAACCCUCUGAUUCUGACUCGAUGGCCGCAGAGCCGGACACCUCUCCUCAUAGUAAUGCGAUGGAAACUGAACCAUCCAACUUGUGUGUUAGUGUAGACAAGGCUUCCUGGGACCAUCACUACUGCAAAUCCCAUACUGCGGAGAACAGAAGUGACUCUGCAGAGGCUUCAGGACCACCGCCUGCUGAGUUUACAACCGAGGGCAUCAUCGAGUGCAUUCACGAAUUCCUCGAGCAGUUUUACGGGAAAUAUGGAAGCUUCACCCCGUUAUGUGAAACUGAUGUCCUUGAUCAUCUGAAUAAGAUUUUUCAGGCUGAUUUAAAUGACAGGAUGAAGCUGAUAACAGCAGAAGUGGCCAAGUACAGGGCAGGUCUGGCCUGUGCUCCUAUGCAUUUCUUUCAAGUGACCUACAACAAGCACACUUUGUCCUUAGAUGACCUUUCCACACUUGAUGACCAAAACUGGGUCAAUGAUCAGGUGAUUAACAUGUAUGGAGAAUUGAUCAUGGAAGCUACAAACCAUAAGGUUCAUUUCUUCAACAGUUUUUUUUACCGACAGUUCGUAGCAAAAGGUUAUGAAGGAGUGAGACGGUGGACCAAAAAGGUUGAUCUGUUUUCGAAGACACUGAUUCUGAUUCCUCUUCAUCUGGAGAUCCACUGGUCGCUCAUAACUGUGGACAUUUCCAAGCAGAACAUCAACUUCUACGACUCCCAGGGCAUCCUGUUCAAGUUUGCUUUGGACAACGUCAUGAAAUACAUCAUGGAGGAAGCAAAAGAGAAGAAACAACUGGUCUUUCAGAAGGGCUGGAAGAUGCUCAUCAACAAGACCAUUCCACAGCAGAAGAAUGACAAUGACUGUGGAGCUUUUGUUUUGGAGUACUGUAAGUGCCUGGCCUUCAUGAAGCCGCUGUUGUUCACUCAAGAGGACAUGCCUCGAGUUCGCAAGAGGAUCUACAGAGAGCUGUGUGACUGCAAACUGUCCCACUGUCCAGACCAGGACAAAGCCUCAUAGAUUUCGGACCCUCAGCAUAGCAGGCCGGAUUGGACUUUAUAAUAAGACAACAAAAAACCCAAAGUUUUGCUCAGGCAGAGCUGGAUAUUGUCAACAAGCGAGCCUGCCCAAACAUUCCUGUUGGCUCAGCCAGGAUUUUUCAGGUUGCUUUUACCUCUUCGCUCAACAUUGGCGGUGAAAUAUGCCUUUCUCCCGGCCUCACAAACCUUGAAUUUAACAAAGGCUGUGACUUUUCUCAGAGAACAAGUUGACUGUUCAGAAACAGACGUGAGCCGUGGAGGAAUUUAUGGUUUACUGGCAACCACGCAGAUUCCAAACCUCACAACCAUGUGGAUCUUUGUUUUUAACGCAUUUCAGUUCUUUCCUUCGCAUCUUCUUACAGCCAUAACACCAAUGAUGUGUUUCAGUCAGGUUUUGCUUUGCAGUAUGAAACUUGGACUUCCACAGUCUCUAAAAUGUCACACGUUGAGGUCCAAGCAGCAUUUAUAAAGGCUUUUACUGAAUGUACUGUUAAACAGGAGAAUUCUGCUUGUACACUUGAAAGCAGAUUUUUCUGGACCAGUUUGCUUUUAUCACAGAUGAAAAGUUUCCAAGCUAAAAAAAAAGCCACAGGAUUGAUUCUUAAUAUCAAGCUGCUUUCUGUAAAGCGCUGGCAUUAUUUGGCCAACUGCUGUCCCUCUUACUUCUGAGCACUUUCCGUUGUUUUCUUCAAAUGCGUUAGCGGUUGUGUAGCAUGUAGAUUCGUCAUUAAUUGAAGUCAGCUACAGGUCAUUUUAAGACGAGCACAGUUGGUUUGUUGCGGUCAGUUCAAGCUGCAGGUUUCUGCCUUUUAUUUAUGUUUUUUAUGAUGAAAAUGAAUCUGAAGAGAAGUCAACUCAACCUGCCGCUCUGUCAUCACGUAAAACAAACGCUGAAGGCCAAAGGCAGGUCAGUGUUGACUGUUGAGUCCUCAUUACUAUUAUUAUUAUGGCCACAUUUUCCAUUCUGUGUGUGUGUAAACAGCAUUUUUUUUAACACACUUGUGAUGCAGUUUGGUACAGAAAUAUGUCAGGAUAGUAACUUUAUAUUUUUGUCAGUGAUCCACCUUUCCAGAGCGAUACUGUUCAAUUUUGGUUACUUGAAAAACCAACAAAUCAUAACCUCAGACUGAGUUUCUGACUACUACGUUCAUCAUUAUUUAAAAUACAACAAAAAUCAUGUUGAUCAACAA